CCGGCCCUCCAGAGGGACCAAUGGGAGGCGAGCGUGCAGAGGUGGACCAGGCCACGCCGGUUUCCCAGCAGCUGUGGUUCAUGGUGGCGAUGGGGGCCGUGGCCCUGAUGCUGAUGGCCGUGGCCCUGGCCGUGGCCCUCCACAAGGUCAGGUGGCCACUUUCACCGCUCACUUCCUUCGCCACCUUCCGAGACAGCCAAUCAAAUGUGUGGCAGGUGUUGAAGAAAGCCCCCCUGACCAGAGAGAGACCCCCCUUGGCGGCCAUGCAGAAGCGACAUCCCCUGGCUGUCUAUCCAGCCAGCAACUCUGUCUUGUUCGACACGGCGGGUGUGGUCAGCAGUGUGACGCUCAAGUCUUUCACCAUCAAGAUGGAGGAGGAGCUGGAGGCCAAACGCGCAGGUGACAAAGGAGGAGGCGAGACUUCCUUGAGGCGCAGUGUCAGCCAGGUGAUGGACAAAAAGUCAUUGGGGGAGGCGUGGGGCCAUGAUAGCGGCAUGUUUAUGGACGACGAGGAGUUUGUGGACAGCGUGAAAGGCUUCAGCACCGUCAGGAAGGAGCACACCAUGUUUACAGACACCAACUUGUGACUCACUGCCAUCCCAAAUCAAGGGCAGCGUGAAACCUGCAGAUUGACUUGACAGCAAUGAGAGGAUAAGUUCAAAAAAAAGAAGCGUAGAAAAUGUAGUUCUUCUCAUUUUAAUUGAAAUGAGGUGCAACGCUGCCACAAAACCAUUACAGUCGAUAGAAUGUCACCAAAAAUAAAUGACAAAACAAUAAAUUAAUAUACUGCAGUACCACGAGAAUAAACAGACCUCCCACAACUGGGGUGGAAUUUUAAAAUUAAAAACAGUCGAGUUAAAAAACAAAGAUUUUACAAAGGCAGUCUUUCUCUCUUUUUUUGUGACUGUUGCUCGUCUUGCAUAUAAAAUAUAAAUCUCUAAAAUUGUACUUUAAAGGGAGCAUUGACGUCUCAUUAUUAAAAAACUAAAUUCCUUUCUUCUCAUCGGGUUCUAGCAAAAUAUUUCCAUGACCUGAAAUGGACCUGAUUUGGAUUUCACGCGCAAGACUGAGAAUUUCCAAAAAUGUCUUUGAAUAAAAAUACGCCAAAGGAGAAAAGUACGCGUGGCGGUAAAGUGCUAGUGGCACGUCACAGUUUACACAGAAUCUCAUUUCAAACGUUCAAAAGCGCACACGCAAGCCUUUUUGUUCUCUUUCUUGGGAAAUUUCAAUGCCGGGUUGACUACGCGGACGCCGUAAUACGACUGAAGAUGCUGACGGUCGUACCUGAGAGUGCUAACGGACCCGAUCGUAGCUCGCUUUGUAAACUACGUAGCCAUUGGAAUACGUUCAACUGCCGGGUGACUCUUGCUAUUUAGAAAAAAAAAAAAAAGCUGCCAGAAUGUGGCCAGCAACUCUUGAGCGUUAA